AUGUAUUUAUAUUUACAGGGACUCAUAUCAGAAGUAGCCACAUCAAAUGAACCAGGAGCAUCGAACCUCGGACAACUUGAUAUUGAUUCCAAAAGUUCGAAAGAUUUUUACAAUGUCAAUUCAAAUGGUCAAACUAAUUUAGGAUCAGAAGACUCGAAAAAAGAAAAAGAUAUCGCCCCAUUAGCAUACAUGAUAAUAAUUGGAGAUGCUAUACACAACACUACCGAUGGUCUCGUGCUGGGAGCAGCGUUCUCGAGUGAUAUAGCGGAAGGGAUUGGUCUUACUAUAGCUAUAUUCUGUCACGAACUACCACAGGAGUUAGGUGACUUUGCUGUGCUAGUAACAAGUGGUUUGUCGUUCUGUCAGGCAAUAUGGGCCAAUUUGUUCUCCUCAUUGACAGCCUUUAUUGGUUUCUUUGUUGGUGUACAGGUGGCGUCGUAUGCAACUGCCGUCAACUGGAUUUAUGCGGUAACAGCAGGAAAUUUUCUGUACAUAGCUCUGGUUGACAUGUUACCAGAGCUAAUGAAGUUGGGAUCUAAAAGUUGGAAGACUUUCUGUUAUCACAAUAUAGGAAUUGUGACCGGAGCCUUUAUAUUAGUUGUUGUAGCAGUUUUUGAGGGGCAUAUAGAAGUAUGAUACCGAUAGACAAUUAUAAAGUAAUCACUCGAGAUUUCAACGAGACUUGAAUAAAAAGUCAUCCUAAAGUGGUAUACAAAACAAGACAUGAUAUUUUUUUUUAUCUAUAUUAUUCUGUUAUUUGUAGAGCAUAUUUAGAACGUCUAUUUACUUUUUUAGCACAAAGAGCCAUGAGAGAUUUUGUUAUCACUUUGCGUCCGUCGUUCGUCCGUUACCUGUCGUCCAUCGUUCGUAAACUUUUCAUUACAAUCUCUUCUCCUCUGAUACUUCUAAAAGACUUGAAAACAGAAUUUGUAUGCUUCACCUAUAGGAUGUCAACUAUCUAUUUUGUGAUUUUCGUUCAAGUUUAACAAUAAAUAUGACUGCGGUGUCUGAAAAUAUAACAUAACGACCGGUACCUGACAUUACUGACAAAUUUAUCAAAGUUAUAAAUGUGAAAGUCAGUCCUCUAAGUUAAUUUCAUUCUAUUGUUACACAUGCUUGUAAAAGUUGUACCUUAUAAUUACUUUUAUGUAUGUUCUCUAUUACUAUGUAAUUGUAUUUUUAUGAGAAAUAAAGUAUUCGUAUUCGACAAAACUAUAGCCAUCAGAGUAGCACUGAGGCCACACUUAAGAUAUUUUGGUUUGCCCAAACCCAACCCAACAUUGAGACAGUGGGUAAGUAUGUAGGCCGCUAUUUUCUGGGUAGGUAAGGUUAGGGCAAACAAAUCCAUUCUUUUUUUAUGGCCAUAUAUAGUACAAAUGUAAGGACAAAAAUAUCUGUUUUAAUUUUUGUUUUUUUUUCAAACCAUGUUGGAAACAAUUGGGUUUUGCAGUUUUGACUGUUAUCUAAAACCUUUUAGAAUCUAGUUCAAUCAUGAAGAAAAAUGUCAAAAGAUAAAAACAAAAAAACAAAAACAAACUAAGAGUAACCACAUUAUGUGCAAAAAAAAUAUUCUACUAAAUAAACUGGCAAUUGUUUCCAUAGAUGAGCGACGUACAUUGUAGGCACAUAUUUGCCUAUGGUUAUGUAAAGUAACUUUUAAAG